AUAUUAUUUAUUUACAAUAGAUAUGACUGUGGUAGGCUUGGUAUUCCUCUGCAUUGCUCUCACGUGGCGGGAACAGGUGAUGACGCGGCCCCGACCGCCCCCUCAGGUAACACUAUUAACGCUGUUAAAUAUAUAUUCUGUAGUUUGCUGUGGACAUGUUGAGAGCCGUUGAGAGGCAAUCAAAACACUCCCAUUUCGAAUUUUAAAUGGUAAUUUAUCAUUUUUGCAUUAGACCAGACCAGCACAUGUUCAUAUAAGACACAUCAAAUGUGGUGCAUAUAUGUGUAGGCAUGGGACAUUAGUGACACCCGGAGCUCUGCAUAUAGCUUGAACCCGUAUGCGAUUUUAUUCUAUAGACCUGCGAGGUGUUUCCCUCGACUCUGUCGUCACGACUAACGUGCGUGUGUUGAUGCAAUGAUCAUGUCGUUCCUCCUCCCCCCAGAUACACGUGAGUUUCCCUUCGCAUGCAACGUCCAUGCAAUAAAAACACGGCCCUCCGUGCAGUGCGGUUUUUGCAGCCCCUUCCCCACCCGCAGCAUUUGUGCAUCACCAUGCAAGCGGGGGCCACCGAAGCACCUGAUACAGACGCCGCCGAGAGCAGCAGCGCGGCGGACAUCGACGACGGCAACGGGACAGGGGAGAGGAUGGAGAGGACGGUACCACUGCCAAGCGACCAGCAGGACAGGACCAGCAACCCGCAGCAGCAUCAUCAUCAGCAGCAGCAGCAGCAGCACACGUCCCUAUCGCCAUCCGGAGUGCUCGAUAAACUGUUUGGGAAGCGCUUCCUGCAGGCCAGACAUUACAUUAUGUCUCGUAAAUCCUGGCUUAAGAUGGUGCCCACUGAAAACUGUGAUAUCCUAAUGACUUUCCCAGAUUCAAUCGAUGACCACACUCUGCUGUGGCUCCUGAACCAGAUCCGUGUUGGAAUCCCGCAAGUCAGCAUUCAGCUUCGGCAGCACAAACACACCCAGGCACACGCCUUCUUCAUCACAACGACGUUCGAGAACUUACUGCGGGGAGCGGAGCAGAUGGGCAUGCACAAGGCCGUCAAACCGCAGUUUGGUGGCGGGAUGCGGCGCUUUUCCUGCGAGGAAGACAACAUCUACGAGAACAUAGAGAGCGAGCUCUGCUUUUUUACCUCACAGGAGCGUCAGGGCAUAAUAAAAUAUUGGCUGGACAAUCUGCGAGCCAAACAGGGGGAGGUGCUUCACAACAUUCACUUCCUGGAGGGACAGCCAAUCAUUCCAGAGCUGGAAGCUCGUGGGGUGAUCCAUCAAAUGUUUCCUCUCCAUGAGCAGAGGAUCCUCAACCAGCUGAUGACAUCUUGGGUCCAGGCUGUGUGUGAAAGGCAGCCACUUGAUGAUAUCUGUGACUACUUUGGAGUGAAGAUCGGCAUGUAUUUCGCCUGGCUGGGUUUCUACACCAACUCCAUGCUUUACCCUGCUGUCAUUGGCUUUCUGCUCUGGAUACUGGCAGAAGCUGACCAGACCAGCCAGGACAUCUGCUGCGUGGUCUUUGCCCUCUUCAAUGUUGUGUGGGCGACGUUGUUUCUGGAGCGCUGGAAGAGGCGAGAGGCGGAGCUGGCCUACCGGUGGGGCACCCUGGACACCCCCGCAGAGUCCUUGGAGGAGCCCAGGCCACAGUUCAGGGGAGUGAAGCGCUGCAGCCCCGUAACGGGCUGCGAGGAGUUCUACUAUCCGCCCUGGAAGAGAGCUCUGUUCAGGUGGCUGGUCAGCCUGCCCAUCUGCCUCCUGUGUCUCUGCUUUGUCUUCCUGGCUAUGCUGCUCUGCCUGGAACUGCAGGAGGUGGUGAUGGAGAUUCAGGAGCUACCUGGUAUCACGCGAUUCAUUCCUAAGAUACUCCUGGCUGUGACUGUGACCAUAUGUGAUGAAGUGUAUAAGAAGAUCGCCUACUGGCUUAAUGACAUGGAGAACUAUAGACUUCAGAGUGCCUAUGAGAAUAAUCUUAUCAUCAAGAUGGUUUUCUUUGAAUUCAUCAAUUCUUACCUUAGCCUUUUCUACAUCGCAUUCUACCUCAAGGACAUGGAGCGGCUUAAGGAGAUGCUAGCCACUCUGCUGAUCUUCCGCCAGUUCCUGCAGAACAUCAAAGAGGUCCUGCAGCCUUAUCUCUACGAGCAAAACAAGCUGGGCGUCUUAACGCCCAAAGUGCUUUGGGAGCUGCUCCAGACCAUCGUCCUCAAGUACGGGCGUCUGGCCCUGGGGAAAGCCCAAGCCUCGAUGAGCGCCUACUCCCUCCUGGGUCCCAGAGGGGUCCCUGUCAGUCACACUGCUAACGGUAACCCAGAGCCAAAGAGAAGAGGAGAUCUGAAAGCCGGAUUCAGGCUGACCGAAGAAGAGUGGGAUAUGAAUGACAGCAAUCUAAAGCAGCGAAAAGUCAGCUUCACGGAGAAAGUCGACUACCAGGACGUCGCGACAGGAACGCAAGCAGUGGAUCGCAGUUUCCUAGAGGACAGUCCCACCAUGGUCGAGGAAGGGAUGGAUCCUUCCAGUAUGUUUGACAGUUGCGACGAGGACAGCGAUUGUGAAUCGUUGGCUCAAGAAUCAGAGUCUCUGGGUCAAAGAAGAAGGAACGUUGGUGAAAGGAAGGAGACUAAGAAGUCAUGGAUUGAUCCACCAGAAGAACCCAAAAUCGUCAAUCUGACCCAGGCUGAAAUUGAGACCUGUAUGCAGACAUAUGAGGACACCCUCCAGGACUACCAGGAAAUGUUCAUCCAGUUUGGCUACGUGGUGCUCUUCUCCUCUGCGUUCCCGCUGGCGGCCAUGUGUGCUCUCGUCAACAACAUCAUCGAGAUCCGCAGCGACGCCCUGAAGCUCUGCACCGGCCUUCAGAGACCUUUUGGACAGAGGGUGGAGAACAUCGGACAGUGGCAGACUGCAAUGGAGGCCAUGGGCUUAAUAGCUAUUAUAGUUAACUGUUACCUGAUUGGCCAGUGUGGGCAGCUACAGCGUCUGUUCCCCUGGCUGAGUCCUGAGAUGACCAUCAUCUCCAUCGUCUUACUGGAGCACUUUGCAAUCCUCCUAAAGUACAUCAUCCAUGUUGCCAUCCCUGAUAUCCCUGGCUGGGUAGCAGAAGAGAUGGCCAAGCUAGAGUACCGACGAAGGGAAGCUUUCAAGAAGCACGAGCAGCAGGCCCAGCAGCACUUCCAGCAGCAGCUCAGACGCAGACGUGAAGAGGAGGAGCUCCAGCGCCAGGCUGAGCUGCAGGCCGAGGCCCGCCAGGAGAGCGAGCACAGGGCAGACGCCCAGCACCAGCACCACCACGACAAAGCACAGGGGGGCAAGCCCAAGAGGCCCAGCUCACUGCUGGGAAACAACAACGUGAUGAAGCUGAAGCAGAUCAUCCCUCUCCAGGGAAAGUUUUCCUCCGGCAACUCGCGCUCACCGGCGCAAUCGCCGACGGGAGGCGAGGCGAAGCUCCCGGGAUUCCUGAAGUUCCUAAAGUCCCCCGAGGGGAAGAAGGAGCCGGCAGUGGCGGCAGGAGCGCCCGGCUCCACGGCGGCCUCCGCCGCUCCCACUAGUGGCCACGAGAGAUCACAGUCCCCCAACAGGACAUUCAGUCCGGGGAAGCUGUUCAGUUUCAGCAAAUCCGAGGGGACGGUGGUGUGUGCGAAUGGGACACCACCGCUGCCCCACCCUGCAAACACUCAGGCCAACAGGGGAGACGUAAACGCCAGCCUGGAGGAAUUACCCUCAAAUGAGGCAGAGAAAGGAGAAUUAAGACAAUUGACUGAUUUAGAAAACUCAAGGAGUUAAUACGUGUUUGACCACACUGAUUUAAUAUCACAACAGGGGAGCAUUAUACAGAUGUUCAGAAAAGCACCUGUACGGAAGGAUUGCACAGUCACAAGGACGAGACUUAAGGUCAGAAAACGUUAAGACUUUCACUCUUGAUGCAAACUACUUCACACAAAGUAUUAUACGGUGUUUGUUGGUUGAUUAUCUAGCUUCCAUGUAAAAUAUGUACAGUGAGUGUAACUCCUUGAAGGGGGCUUGAGGGACAUUUAAUUAAGGUUAGAAUACUGCAUGAUUGCCUAGUUUUCCACAGCACCCGACCAGAACGUGUUGA